AUGAGCGUGUUGGUUGGGAAGAGCCAACAGUCACAAUACAUUGGCGUCAGGGUCAUGAUGGCUACCUCCGCGCUCGUGGCGGCCUCGUUCACGAACCUGCUGGCGACGCGGGCGAUGGCUGGCCUGUCGUGCUCCGUUUUUAGCACCGCGGUGGGCGGCGCCAUCGGUUAUAUCUACACGGUCGGGACCGCACCGCCGCCAGCCAUCGCCAUGCUCAUCGGCGCUGCACUCUGCGGGACCGGCGUGGGGCCUAUGGUUCCCGAGGAAGGAGAUUUCUGAGAACUUUUUUUGUAGUCCUUUG